AUGGAGCUAGCCUUUUAUUGUUCCAAAAGCCAAAGACAAAACCUCCAAAUAUACAUCUCCACUAGAUAUCCUUAAUGGAAAAUGAAAAACUUCUCCAGUAAAUUCCAUCCUUAUAGUCAUCAGCACACACAAGAAUCUCAAAACCAAGAAACAAGAAAACAAAAGGAAACCAUAGAGGAGGAGGAGGAAGAAAGAGCAAGGUGUGAAUGGGAUUUCAGUCUCUCCACAAUAGUUUCAUCAAGCAACAAUAACAACACUGCAUCCAUAUCAGAUGCUUUAGGGGUGAUCGAAUUCGACCAGACGAAUAGCAUCAUCGCCACAGGUGGAGUACUAGCAAGAAAGAUAAGGAUUUAUAGUCUCGAGUCUUUGUUACCACAUGAAAGUACUAGCCAAGACGUGCAUGAUACUAUUUUUUUAGACCAUGCCAGGGCUCGUGACUAUUAUAUUUGUACCCCAGCUAAGCUUAGUAGUUUCCGAUGGAAACCCAGGUCAGACGGUCGGGUUCUAGGGUCCGGAGACUACGACGGGGUGGUGAUGGAAUAUAAUCUUGAGAGGAGAAUACCAAUCUUUGAACGCGAUGAACAUGGCGGGCGAAGGGUUUGGAGCGUGGACUAUUCACAUUGCGAUCCGACUAUGGGUGCAUCCGGGUCGGAUGAUGGAACCAUGCAAAUGUGGGACACACGCAGUGAGAGUGGGGAAUGUGUGGCUACGGUUCAACCUAGCGUGAGACGCAGUGCCGUCUGUUGCGUGGAGUUUAAUCCAUUUGGUGGACCAAUAGUAGCCAUCGGAUGUGCUGACCGCAAGGUAUACGGGUAUGAUCUUCGAAUGAUGGCUGACCCAGUAUUUGUUCUUGAUGGGCAUAGGAAGACCGUGACAUACAUCAAAUUUCUUGAUAAUGCUACAUUAGUAUCUGCAAGCAUUGAUGGAUGCUUGAAACUAUGGAAUUCGGACAAUUCGAACGUAAUUCGGACCUACCACGGGCACGUCAACAAUCGGAACUUUGUUGGAUUAUCAGUGUGGAGGAAUGGAGGCUUGCUAGGGUGUGGAUCAGAAAACAAUAAGGUUUUUGUGUAUGACAAGAGAUGGAGUGAACCAGUAUGGGUUCACGAGUCUAGUAGCCCAAUAAUGGGUAAAGAUAGGCGUGGCAGUGGGUUUGUUAGUAGUGUGUGCUGGAGGCAAGUGGGGGAAGACCAAUGCACACUUGUAACAGGAGGAUCAGAUGGGAUCUUGCAAGUUUUUCGAGGCAAAAGGAAGACACGGACUGGAUAAUAAAGAAGUUUUUUUCCUAAUGUA